AUGGAAAUGAAGUGGAAAGUGAAGCAGAAGUUGGAUCAUGAUGCAAUGCCCCAAAUGAUACAAACUGCUAAGUCAUUGGUAGGUGACAUCUGCGAGGAUAAAGGAAAAUGGAGAAAAGGAAGAGGAGGAGGAGGUGGAGGAGGAGGAGAGGUAAAGCAGAAACAGAAGAGUUGGUUUGAAGCCAUGAAUGAAGCUAAAGCUGCACCUGAGUGUCUGAGCGAAGGCGGUCUACACGGAGGCAGUGCCCAAACCGAUCCCUCAGCUGACCAUGCCAACAACUACGGCCAUGACAAUGGUGAUGGUAUCACCACCAACAACAACACCAACGAGAAUGGCAACGAAAGAUCCGACGUCAUUAUUACCUCAGUAAAUGUAGAGGAAGAAGAGGAGAAAGACGACGACGACGAUGAUGAUGAGGAGGAGGAGGAGGAGGAAAGGGGAAUGGGAGAGAGGGAAGAGGAGUUGACUAUUGUGCAGCUCAGUUCAGCAAUAGCAACACUAUUAGUACUAGGAACAGGAUUAGCAUGA